AUGCUGAAGAACAAAAAAAAUAAAAUAAAAAAGAGUGGACAACAAUAUAAAAGAGUACAGCGUGAAACUAGUGAAAAAAUAAGCGAAGAUGUACAGGCAAGUAAAAUUGAGCCAAUCAAGUGUUCCAGUUGCAAUGAAGACCUGAUCAGUGAUAUCGAGGAUGAUUAUGAGAAAAACAUUGGAUGUGAUGAAUGUCCUAGACUAUGGAAUGUCAUAUGA